UGCCACAGUGCAGUUGUGCAAUAAUUUUGAUCAUCAGAUGAAUUUAUUGAGACAAAAAUACAGAAACAGUUUUAAAUGAUGAUCUUAGUUAUUCAGAAGAAAAGCCGUUAAUUGAAACCGUCUGUUUUUCCCGUGAGAAGAAAUAUUCCCACCCGACCCGAUAACCGGGUUCAACCAGCAGAACCAGUAAAGAGUUUUAAAUCCCAGUGGAGGAACUCUGACCCGCUCUGCUUUGCUGAAUUGAUUUAAUUCAGACACAUAGGGCGGGUUUCCAGUAGGAAUGAACAGAUGAAGGCCAUGGUAGAGUCCAGGCUUUGACUAGGCCGCACCUACACUUUUUUCAUUUCAUGAGCCAUUCAGAGCUGAACUUGCUGGAGUUCUUUGGAUCGUUGUUCUACCAGGUACAGCAGGUUCUCCAGGUCCUUCAGCAGCUCAUCAGUCCCAGAGCAUCACUCUGCCACCACCGUGUUUGACUGAAAUGUGAUGUUCUGGUUCUGACCUGCUGUCAGUUUUACAGCAGAUGUAACGGGACGUCCAGGUUCUGGAAGGUUCUCUCCCGACUCAUCAGAUUGUUUCAGGGAUCAUAAAUGUCAGACGGGUCUUUGUGUUGUUUUGGGUCACAUCAUUUUUAUUCAGCCUCUCCUUGUUCUGGAAUCAUGACCUCUGACCUCAACCGAGACAGUGAGGUCUGGAAAGGUUUAGAUGUUCUGGAUUUUUCUAGGACCUCCUGGAUGGGUAGAGCAGUGAAGAAACCCGAGGUGACUGUGUGUCCGGUGAAAACAGAAGGCCGUGUGGAGGGAGACACGGCUCUGAUGUGUCUGGCCUCGGCCAUGUAUCCUCCUCUGGUCCGGAUCUCCUGGAAAAGACAGAAGGGCAGCAAGGAGGAGCCGGCCCCCGCUGAGGAGAAACAGCAGGAGCUCAGCGGGUCAAAAAGUUCUGCCGUCAUCAGGCUGGUUAAAAACGAGACUCUCUACAAUUAUGAAUACAUCUGUGAAGUUCAGCAUGAGGGCGGCAGCGUGACCAACCAAACACGGUUCCAAGAACUUCCAGAACCUCCAGCACCAACAAGGUCUGGAGCAGCAACAGAUCGGCCAGCAGCUCCUGCGCCGCCACCAGCAGCGUCUGUCCGUCCUCAGCUCCCAGUGAGGCUCCCAGUGAGGCUCCCAGUGUCCUUCCAGUCUCGCUGCAGGGUGAAGCUGCUCUGCCUGCUGUACUCAGUGCUGAUAGUGAAGAGUCUGGUGUACUGCAGUGGCCUCUCUGUGCUGAUGGUCCUCAGGAACAAGGGCCCGGCCCCCAGCUGAACUGCUGCAGUUUAUCACAUUCAUCAGCUUUAAGAAACAUUGUUCAGGACAAACUGUGGAAUGUACUUUUGAUUUCAUUUUGCUGCAUUUUAUUAUCAUUUAAUUCUUUUUGCUUUUCACUUUUUACAGUGUUGUAGAUUCUACACAUUUAUUCAUUCUGUAUUUGAAUAAACUCAAACAUUUUUUGUCAUGUUUUUCACUUUUUAUAACUUUUAACUGACCUGAAUGUAAUGAAA